AUGAGGUCACUUAUCUCCUUGACAUCAUAUGCGCCCUUCCUGAACAGUACUGCGCGGCUACGAUGGCAAAUCGCUCGUACCACAACAUUUCAGCCACGCCACCUCACCACAUCGACCUCUGAUAAGAAGCCAGAUCUGAUAGUGGUAGGCAGCGGUAUAGCCGGGCUCUCAGCAGCCAUAACAGCAGCUGAGAAGGGUGCAUCAGUGCUCGUCAUCGAGCGGUUCCAUGGAGGCGGCACUUCAGCGCUCUCAGGAGGCGUCGUUUACGCCGGCGGCGGAACACGGCAGCAGAAAGAGGCCAGCUUCGAGGACACGCCCGAGAACAUGUUGGCUUAUUUGCGACAGGAGGCUGGAAGCGCCGUCGAUGAAGCAACUUUGAGGCGGUUCUGCGAUCAGAGUGUCGAGAACCUCGAGUGGCUAGAGAAGCAUGGGGCGCGGUUCGAGGCUUCCAUGUGCCCUUACAAGACGAGUUAUCCGACCAACAAGCACUACCUGUACUAUUCAGGCUCGGAGAAAGCAUAUCCGUUCAACGAAAAGGCAACGCCAAUACCGCGGGGACAUCGCAUGGUUCAUCCGGGCUUUUCUGGCAGUGGCCUCGCCCAAGCGUUGCUUGACUCUGCGAAACGGUUGGGUAUCCGCCUCUUACCUGCUACCAAGGUUGAAGAGGUCUUAUUGAACGGAAAUGGCUCUGUCCGCGGGGUCAAGUGUCGAACGAUAAGACAUGAUUCGAAGCUUCAAAAGCACAAGAAGCUGACCCAGAGGGCGCUUCAGUACCAGCUCCCUCUUCCUCCACUGGCAGCCAUGUUCCACAAACGAGCGAAUGCUAUCUUUGAGAGGGAAUCGCGGAUCGAGUCUAUCGAGGCGCCUUCGGUGGUUCUUGCAGCUGGCGGUUUCACAUUCAAUCCUGAGAUGCGGCAGAUGUACUUACCGGAAUUCUCGGGCGUUGCUCCUCUGGGCACACCGGCUGAUGACGGAGCCGGAAUAAAGCUCGGUAUCGCAGCCGGCGGGUCGAUGUCUCAUAUGAACCGCAUGUCAGCAUGGCGCUUCCUCUAUCCGCCAACAGCUCUCCUCGAGGGCGUAGUCGUUUCGCAGGAGGGGCAGCGAAUCGGAGCCGAGGACGUCUACGGCGCUCUACUAACCGAGAAAAUGAUCCUCAACCAUCAGUCCCGGGGCUUCCUUAUCUUAGAUUCUACCCAGUGGGCCAAGGCCAGAAAGCAGAUCUGGGAGCAGACAGCGUCCUUCGUGAGGCUGCAACGACUACACUGGCUCUACUGGGGCUACAAGCGAGCUAACUCUGUUCAAGAUCUGGCACGCAAGUUCGGCAUCUCUGAGAAAGGUCUGGCGAGAACAGUGGAAGAAUAUAACAAGGCUAUCGAACGCGCAGAGAGGGACCCGAUGAACAAAAUGCCAGAUAUCCGCUCACCUCUGUUGACGCCGCCUUUCUACGGUAUCGACAUCUCAGCCACGCCGAAUAUGGGGGCUCAGAUGGUUCUUGGUCUUACCCUUGGUGGAUUGAGGGUUGAUGGAGAGACGGGGCUUGUCUUGAAUGAUAAAGGUGGCAAGAUUGGCGGUCUCUACGCAGCUGGACGAACAGCUGUUGGUGUCUGCUCAGAUGGGUAUAUCAGUGGCUUGUCUCUCGCAGAUGGUGUCUUUUCGGGAAGAAGAGCUGCUCAUCAUGCUAUCGGAAGAUCUUGA